AUGCAACCAACAGCCCUCCAUUUCUCAUCAACAGUCCGUCCUAGACGGCAGCAGUCGGAAUCACCACCUCCAAGGGAAGAAUCCCCAGAGAGACGACUGGUCCAAAGUCGACGGCGCCUCCGAAGGGGGGCUGUCACGGCAGAGAUAGGCCGCCAGUUGCUGGAGCACUGUGCAGCUGAAGCAGAGAACCAGCGGCUGGCUCAGGAAGCAGAGCGGGAGUGGCGGCAGUACAUUUCUGACCAGCUGCGGCUGGAUCAUGAGGCUUUCCUCCUCACAGCAGCCCGCACCCAGGAGCUCAUGGCUGAGCGGACAGAAGUCCUAAGGAGAAUGACAGACCUCAGGCUUCAGCAGCAAGGUGACCGUGGGUGUGGGCAUUGCCAAGCAGCACUGCACCCCCCUUCACCUGAGCUCCUCAGCAGCAGCCAGCUCCCGCAGCCAGUGGCACCCCCACCCCCUGUGCGAGGCAGAUGUACUCAGAGGAGGGGGCCAGCUGGGCCCACUUCCAGCCCAGUGGCCACCCACAGCCAGCUCAUGGAGGCAAGCCACAGCCACCUCCUGGAGGCAGCUUGCCCACCUUCCCCUGAGCUCCUUGAGUGCAGUGAGCUCCUGGAGCCACCCACUCCCCCACCCCUUGUGCGAGGCAAGCGAGGCCAGAGGAGGGGGCCGGCUGGACCCACUUCUGCCUCAGUGCUCACACACAGCCAGCUGAAGGAGCUUGCUCGACCCCCUUCCCCUGAGCUCGUCACUUGCAGCAAGCCCCUGGAGCUGGCUGCUCCUGCACCCCCCAUUCGAGGCAAGCGAGGCCAGAAGAGGGGGGCCGCUGGGAGGGCUUCAUCCACUCUGGUUACCCACAGCCAGAUGGAGGAGGAUGCUCAGCCCCCUACCCCUGACCUCUUCACUUGCAGCCAGCCGUUGGAGCUGCCUGCUCCAACACCCCCCCUGCGAGGCAGGGGAGCCCAGCAGAGGGGGUCCACCAAGAAGCCUUCAUGCACUCUGGUCACCCACACACAGCUGCAGGAGACAGCUCGGCCACCUUCUCCUGAGCUCCACACCUGCAGCUUGUUCCUGGACCCUGCAACACCCCCUCCCCCCAUGCGAAGCAGGCGUGCUCAGAGAGGGGAAGCAGCUGGGCCAGCUCCCUCCUUGCUGCCCACCCACAGCCAGUUGCAGGAGCCAGCCCAGGCCCUGUCCCCUGUCCUAGUUACCGGCAGCCAGCUCCUGAAGGCAGCCACAGCCCCUCCCCCAGUGCGGCAUCGGCGUAGCCAGUCCCAUGAGGUGGUUGGUGCUGCUACCCAAGCUGCCCCAGGUCACAGGGAAACCAAAGGAGGAGAUGGGCCCGCUCCCCACCCAACAAUCGAGCCCGGAGCACCCCACCACUCACAAGAGGUGGGUAAUGUGUUAACAAAGGCUGGCUGCCGGGGCAGCCAGGGCAAAAGAGCAGGGUGA